AUGCCAAGGCAACCACUCACAGAUAUUGAAUGGCGACUUAGUCUGCAACGUCGGAGAAUGUUGGAUGCUGAACGGAAACGUCGUUUACGUGAGGAUGAUGCAUAUAGAGUAUUGGAGCGAGCAAGAAAUCGCGAAGCACGUCGUAGUCAACGGAAAAAUCCUAAAUUUCGAGAAGCAGAACGUGCUCGAGCACAUGCUUAUUACAUGUCCCUUUCUUCCACAGCAACUAAUGAAGGUAUUAUGUGCGGUUCGUGUGGCUUAAUUUUGAAACAUGUGAAAGCUCUUCGAACACAUCGUGCAGAAUUCCAUCCCAGACAGAGGAUGUCCUUAGAAAAUAUAUUCAAGUCUUCUUCAAAAUCACAGUCUAACGAUGGUAGUGCUGUUGAUUUUAGUAAAUUAGUAAUGAAUGCUAUAAAAAAAGAAGGUUCAGGCAGUAAUAGUAGUGAAAAAGGGUCCGAAAAAAGUGAAAUGAAUGCCCUUGCAGGAACUAUUGAACGUAUUGAUUCUGUUGAAUAUUCAUUGGUAGAUUUUUAUGGGCCUAUAUUUUCUGAUGUGGAAGCAGCGGUAAACAGAAUGUUAUCAUGCAAAUUAAAGAAGCACCGAUCUUACGAUUUACAAACACAUUUGGCUAUUGAGGCUAAACUGGGCGAAUUGCGUGAAUAUGUUCUUGAGACGGAGAAGGCUGUUGAAAAACUUAUUGCAUAUGGAGCUGCUUCCUCGAAUUUCAUGGAAGAAAAGAAGCUUUCUACACCUUCAGAUUUAAUUUGUGCAUUGAGGCAUUUCAUUUUUCACGGUAUGCCACCACUGGCACCUAAUGAUUUGCUUCUUGAAAGUGACGAAAUUAAACGGGAAGAACUGCAUGCAACUAAUGACGGUAGUACGGAGAAACCGUUGGAAAACUCAUCAAAGCAGAUGGAUAUUGAUGAAUUGCGAAAGCAGUUGCAGUUAUCUCAAAAACGUGAAAAUUUAGCUAAUUUAAGAUUGGCAGUCAAGGAGAAGCAAUUACGCGAUUUAAUGGAUGAAAAUGAAUCGAUGAAACGUAAUGCGAGUGACGAGAAUAAAGCAGAUUGUACGUUGGUUGAUCAAGCAAUUGGAGUGAUGUUUUCUGCAAUGCGUGAUGAAAUUCGCAAGGUCCGUAAAGAUGCUAAAUUAGCAACACUUGAAUUAAGGGCUCUCAAAAAUGGACCAGAAAGCAGUGAUGCGAAGGCGUUGGCAACACUAUGUAGAAGACUAGAGAAAGAGAAUGCCGAACUUAAAAAUGAGGGGACCAGAACAACUCGUUUAGAAACUGUGUUGAGUUAUUGUCGAAAAACUGUUGAAGGUUUAAGAAAGCGUUGUCGAGCGGAACGUGAUGAAGAAGUAAAACGCUUGCAAGCAGAAUUAGCUCGUGCACAUGAAGAAAAUACGCGGUUGCAGAAAAAUGUGGGUGCCAUUCGAACACUGCAAACACAAGGGGAUAACCAAAUUUCCGGACAGUACGGUGUUAUAGGCAAUGAUUAUCAUGGCAGUGUCAGCGUUGUUACUAAUGAGAACAUCGAAGAGGUUGUAUCAGUAUCCAGUCGAGAAUCAACACAUGAAGAGAUGGAAUUUGACGACCAAGUUGAUCGAGUGCUGACGCCUGGAGCUAGUGCUGUCGAAGCAGUCAAUGUUUCCAGUCCUGAGUCAGUUCAUGGAGCACCCGAACCAGAAACAAUAUCCAGCGAUGAGCAAGAUGUUGCUGAUGUAUCAUCUAGCAAAGACUCAUCCAUUAUGGAGGGCUGUUCUUAG